AUGGCCUGGACUGGGGACGGAGUCGGGGGACACCUCACGGUCCUGGCUCGGGUCCCUGCAGCCAUCCUGGAGUCCGGGAGCAGCGAGGAGGAGGAGGAGGAGGCAGCUCCUGGACAGGCGCUGCUGGCUGAGCUGGCGGCGCUGGACACCGAGGUGGAGCUGGAGCAGCAGAGCCGGCAGCGAGCCCAGGCCUUCAGUGCCCAGGAGAACGCGCGGCUGGAGAGGAUCAGCCCGGCCAGGAGCCCCAAAGGAACCUCCAGGACGACUCCAGACGAGGUGACACCUGUGAUGAACCCCGAGGUGACCCCAGAGGAGGUGACACCCACAGGGGUAGCUCUGGAGGAGCCACCCACCUCCGCCCAGGUCCCAGCUCCACAGGAAGAUCUCUCCCAACUCCUGGAACAGCACCGGGACCUCCAGGCACAGCUGCAGCACCUGCACACCCAGCUGGAGCUGGAGCGGGAGGAGCAGCAGCGCCUUCGGGCGGCCCUGACCGCCAGCCAGAGGGCACUGAGGUCCUUCAAGAGAGUGUCCCAGAUUGUCACCCAGGAUUACUGCCAGGCCCUGGAGCAGCUGGAGCUGGAGCAGGACCUGCGCUGCCACGCCGAGGCCUUCGCCCACCAGAUGCUGGUCCAGCAGAAGGAGGCGAAGCGCCAGAGCUCCAUCCUGCUGAGGAGCGCCGCGCCCAAUUCCCAAAUCCUGGAAGCGUUCCAGGAACUGGAAAAGCUCAGCCGGGAGCUGGAGGAGACGCGGCAGGAACGGCGCCAGCGAUCCCGGAAUUCCCGCAUUCCGCAGGAGGAGGAGCUGGAGCAGGAGCGGGAGGAGAAGCGGGAGCUGAGGGAGAGGCUGGAAGGGCUGGAGAAGGAAGUGGGAUCCCUCCGGGAGCAGCUGGCGCAGCUGCCGCCGCCUCAGAGCCACCCCCAGGUGCCACCGCCGCCGCCACCGCCGCCACCGCCACCCGCUGCCACCGCCGUCCCCGCCGACCCCCUGGCCGCCCUCAGGCAGAGGAAGGUGCGGAAAAACCCGGAGCAAAGUGACUCGGGGACGGAGGACAUCCGUGCCCGGGCCGUGCAGGAGAUGCUGGAGCGGAUCCGCGCCGGGAUCGUCCUGCGGCCGGCCAGGGCCAGGCCAGCCCCGAGCCAGGUGACAACGGGGACAAUGGGCUGGCGGGCCUGGCACUCCCGGGGUCGAGAAUUCCUGGGAUUGAGCCAUUCCUGGCAUCAGGAAUUCCCGGGAUUGAGCCAUUCCCAAGAUUGA